AUGUAUUUAUUGCAUAAAUUUUACACUGAUUUAUUUUCAUUAUUGUUGCCAUUUUCGGUCUUUUCCAGCUCUUCUGGUGGGAUUGGUUUGUCGGUAUUUCUCCAGCACGGUCGAGGCGGUGGUUGGCUCACGACUAAAGCCCUCCGGCUUCUCUUCCGGUUCCUUGAGGAUUGGGGAGAGUCGGCUCAGCAGCGCUGCGCAAAUAAA